AUGGAACAAGCCAUUGCUGACGGCGUCCACAUCAUUUCUAUUUCAAUUGGGUCACGAGAUACGGCAUUUUACAAUGAUAACAGAGCUAUUGCAGCAUUUGGGGCCAUCGAAAGGGGUGUCUUUGUUUCUGCGUCGGCAGGAAACGGUGGGCCUUAUCCGUUUACUCUUGGUAACGUGGCGCCCUGGAUUACUACUGUGGGUGCGAGCAGCAUCGAUAGAGAUUUCCCUGCAUCUGUUGUUUUGGGCAACCAAGAGAUGUACAAAGGCAUUUCCACCUACAGCCGAGUAGAUGAUGCAACCUUGCAACGGCCUCUGCCAUUGGUGUAUGUCUCGACCAACGACAGAACAAGCUAUUGUGUCCCUGGCAGCCUUGCUCCCAAUUUGGUUAAGGGCAAAAUUGUGGUCUGUAAUCAAAUAUCUUCCUUCAAACAAGUGGCCCGAGCCGGGGGUGCGGGACUGAUUGGUGCAAACGAUGAGAGUUAUGGGUCACAGCAGGGCAUUACAAAUCGAAACACUCUGCCGGCUAUCAGCGUGAGUUUUACAACUGGAGAAAAAAUCAAAGCUUACAUCAAAAGCACCGGGAGUAAUGCAACGGCUACCAUGACUCUCAAAGGAUUGACGAUUGUGGGAAAGGAAACAAUUGCUCCCAUUGUUGCUGCCUUUUCUUCAAGGGGGGCGAGCAAAGAGUAUCCGCAAGUUCUCAAGCCGGAUAUAAUUGCACCGGGUGUGAACAUACUGGCAGCAUACGCCGGAAAGUUGCCCUCUAAGUUUCUUUCAGGGACUUCCAUGGCGUGUCCUCACGUCAGUGGCAUAGCAGCGCUGAUUAAAGCCAUACAUCCUACAUGGAGCCCUGCCGCUAUCAAGUCCGCUCUCAUGACGUCAUCCUACUUGACUGACAAUGCAGAGCAGCCAAUCACGGAUUCAUUUACAAUGAGAGCAGCCAAUCCCUUCGUGUUGGGCGCGGGUCACGUAAAUCCAAAUACUGCAGUAGACCCUGGACUUGUCUACGACAUGGUGCCUCAAGAUUACAUCACCUUCCUCUGCUCUCUCAACUACACCGAACAACAAAUUGCUCUUCUCACAAAGUACUCAGUUUCCUGUCCCAACUCCAGUUUGGAAGCCGGUGAUCUCAACUAUCCAUCCUUUUCCGUUAUGAUGAAAUCAGGGAGCAAUUCAGUUCAGGUAAAGAAGAGAACAGUGACAUAUGUGGGUAGAGAGGGUGAUGCAGUGUACCAAGUGAGUGUGAAGAACCCUGCUGGCAUCACUAUAAGUGUGGAACCGCAAACAUUAAAGUUCGGAAAAUCCUUGGAAACUGCCAGCUAUAAUCUAAAAUUCGAAGGCACAGUCGCUUCUCGUGGCUACACAUUUGGAGAGAUAAUUUGGAAAUGUAUCCAAGGAGGAUCACAGAUUGUGCGAAGCCCGGUUGCCGUAAGCAUCAAAGCUUGA